GAAUGGUUUGCCUUGUAAACGAACAGAGAUCAUCCUGUUGUUCUUGAGAUCGCAUCCAGGUACUGCGUUUCGGACUGUUUUGUUGACUGUGAUGACUAGUCCAUUGCUUCUGCGGGAUUCCUGCCCGCAGUCGUUAUAAUGGUCACCUGAGUUAAGUUCACCCAUUCCAGUCCAUUUAGGGUCUAAGUCUAUUAGGGCAAAAAUAGGGUGGGAAAUCACUUUAAAUAGGAAAAGCACUUAAAAACUGGCAGUGAGUCUGUUUAAAAGUCACCUUAACUGGAGUGAGAAAUUGGAUCUAAAACCAGAAAAUGUAGGUAGGAAGCUGGGUUUUCAAAAUAUCUUGGUGGUAAGUCACUUGAGAAGCAGUCCCCAAAUACUCCCUGAGCCACGUUGUUUGGAGAUCGGCCUCCUUGGGGAUGGCAGGAGGGUGCUCACCCCCGGUUGGCGCGGCCGUCCCGUGCAGGAUGAGCGACCUCAUGCGCUGUGGCCCCCGAGUCCUGGGCUUAUUCCAGUCGUUGCGUCCGUGGGGGCUCCUGUGGGCUGUGGCACCCGAGACAGUUCUGAGCAAGUGCCCUCAGCUGGGACUUGCCACCUGUGUUCCUCAGGACAGGCCUGGGGUUUGGGUUUCGGGGAGCAGGACCUCCCACAUAAACGGCCAUCGCACGUACCCAGGGAACGUCUGUCCACACGGGCCCCGUCUCCCCAGAGGAAGGCAGCCUCUGGGGCGGGGUCUGGCCCGCCUCCUCGCGGGUCUCUGCCCGCUGGCCCAUAUCUUCAGCUGUUUUUUCAUCACCGUGGCCUCAGGCUGAUCCUUGUGACACAUGCUUGCGGGGAGUUCCAACACACAGGCAGAAAGCCCCUCAGGCCCCUCCCCUGCGCGCACCCCCGAUCCUGACCCCCGAGCCCUGGCACCCGCUGUUUCCAGCAUGCGCAGUGCACCAGGCCGUGCAGAGUGUAGGCUGGUCCUUGCUCCCAUUCCCCGGGGAUGCGUCCACAGCGUUGCGCUCAGUCCUGGGUUCCCGCACUGUUGCUCGGGGAGGGUGACUGUUCCGUCAGCUUGCGUUUGAGAGAUGCUGUGAGCAGAGCCGACCGCUCAGGCACGGUUUCGUUUCUGCAGAGCCGAUGUCCUGCGGUCGCAGCGCUGGCGACGCGCCUCUGCUGCUCCGGCCCAGGGCCUCGCAGCUGGCUGUGGGCCUGCGUGCGGCUCCAUCCUUGCAGCGGCUCUGCCGGCCUCCCCUGAGCCAUGGCGCCUUUGCUUGCAUUUCCCCACGGCUAAGGGCGCUGAGCUGCAUGUCCCCAUCUGCGCGUCUUACGGGCGAAGUGUCUGCCCGUAUCGUUGGCUUCGGUGCUGCUCAGUGGUUUUAAAUGACACUGACGUGCAGUGAAGGAGAAGACUGGGUGAGUUCCAGCACCUGUGUGAGCCUCGCCGCCCCUGAGACACACAGGCCCCGGAGACACGCGCACGUCGUCCUGGGGGAGUGCCAGGGCCUCCUCCCGACCCCCGGCCUCACACAGCCUCCUGCUCCCCUCACCAGCCCGCCCCAGGUGCCCUCAGCUGCUUGCUGUGGCCGCUGGGUGUCUUGCCCUUUCUACAGUUCCGGCUAAACAGCGUCACGGUGUCCCCUCUCCUCCACCAGCCGCUUUUCCGCGAGCUUGAGGCUGACCCGUGGGGAGCCUGGUCAGCCCUGCUUUGUUGGGGCGUAGGGGCCAUCACUGUGUGUUCGGCCUCCGUGGGUGUGAGGACCAUCCCCGGUGGGGGGCCUUUUUCUAGAGGCCAAACUGUAUUCUGAAGUGACUGGACCAGUAUGCUCCUAGGAGAGUUCCCCCACUUCACAUGCGUCCCAGCGGCCGGCGGCGUGGCCUGUCUUUAGCACUGGCCGCUCCCAUGAGCCUGCAGGGCACGUGGCUGCGUCUGUCCCUUGAUUCCCCUGAAGCACAGGGCCGGUGAGGCUGUUCUCAUGUCCUGAUUGGCCACUUCGUAUAUUCUGUUUUUAGGUUCACACACGCACAGAUUUAUCUGAGUUUACUAGUUGCCCGCACCAGCUCUUAGCUGCAGCCUGUGUGACCUAGUUCCCUGACCAGGGAUCAAACCUGGGCCCCUGCACCGGGACUGUGAUGGCUCGGCCACAGGGCUGCCAGGGAAGCCCCGGGAGCCUGUCAGGGAAGCCCCGGGAGCCUGUCUCCUGGGAACUUCCCUUCGUCCAUUUCAGGGGUUCACCUUUGCCCACGGAGUACAAUCAUAAAAGCCGCUUGAAGCCCGUAUCUGAUGUUCCCGGCUUCAGAACCGUCAAGGUUGGCAUCUGUAAAUUGUCGUUUCCUGCGAGAAUUGAUCUCAUUUCCUGGUUCUGUGUGUCGUACCCUGGACAUACUCUGGACGGACUGUUAUGUUGGGUCCCCUGGAGAACGUUAAGUGUCAUGUCAGCAGGCCAUCACCCCCCGUCAGACGGCCUCGCCCCCUGCACGGACCGCAGCUUUCCGCUCGUUAGUCCGUCUCCAGAGCUUCCAAUGCUCUGCUUUGGGCCGUGCACCAGCCACUCUGGGGUCAGCCUGAGCCCUGGGCAGCGUUCAGAGGUCCCAGCUCAGGUGUUGACGCUGGCGCUGCUGUGGGUCUGUCCCACCCCGCACAGCUCAGAGGUGAGCACGGGCUUUCCGGGGUUCAUUCCAUGACCGCCUGUCUGUCUGUAGCCCUCUGCUCUCUGCCGUUUGUCUCACACACAGGGUCCGGCAGGGCGCUUUCUGUGCAGUCCCUCUGGCCACAAAGUUGGGACAACCCUCAGAGCCACUUCUCCCGCGAAGCUCCCUGUCCGGGGCCACGCCUGGGGCAGGGCCGAGAGAGGGGAGAAGCAGACGCCAUCCCAGACUCCAUCGGGGACUCAGACCCAGACUCCAGAACCCUGGGUCCUGGUGGCUGUAUGACGCUCUCUCUGUGCCGCGUGGUACGCUUUUAGCUCAGUCCAGGAUUCAGACUUUUCCCUGCGCUGAACUUAGUUCCUCUCCAAGUCUUAGCCACCCCUGCCUCACAGCCCUGCAGCCCGACCCAGCCUGAGGGCAGUGCCCCAGGACGCAAACACAAGCAGGAAGCUCGUCCCCACUCAGCUCAGCUCUCCAAGUUCCUGCCUGCCUCCAAAGUCUGUCUGCCGCCCUUCACUUCUCCAUUUCUGUUUUGCCUGGAGGUUUUCUCUACAGUCGCCGGAGAGAGAGGCGAGAGGCAGCAUCGAGCCCGCUCCAUCCGGGCCAGAACCAGCGCCGCUGGGGCGGCAUCGGUCCCGGGCGGGAGCGACUCUGCUCACCUGUCUCGGCGUGCGCGUUGCCCGCUCCUGUCUUUUACCCAGCUUUCUGCCUGGCAUUCAGCUCUCCCUUCAUCUUGAAGACUGCCGCGUGUUUUAAAGAUGCUUUAGGUUUUCAGCUCUUUUGAUGUGUAACAGGCAAGCGCAUGGCGGCCCCCGCGCCCGACCCGCAGUUCACUCUGCGCGGUGCCGGCUCGGCCGUGUGUGCGCUGCACUUCUGCAGUGGAGCCCAGGGACGCCCGCUGCUCCUCUCGGGGUCGCUGCGUGGGCUGGUGCACAUCUGGAACCUGGAGACACGGAGGCCGCUCGCCGCCCUGGACGGCCACGGGGGCCAGUGUGUGACCUGGCUGCACACGCUACCCCGGGGCCCCCAGCUCCUCAGCCAAGGCCGCGACCUGCAGCUGUGCGUGUGGGACCUGGCGGAAGGCAGGAGCGCCGUGGUGGACGCCAUGCGCCUGGAGAGCGUGGGCUUCUGCAGGGCCUCCAUCCUGGCCGAGGGCCCGCAGCGCUGGAUGCUGGCUGUGCCCGGGAGGGGCAACGAUGAGGUCCAAAUUCUGGAGCUGCCGUCCAAGACGUUGGUGAGCUGCCUGAAGCCCGAGGCGGGGGCCAGGCUGGGCAUGCCCAUGUGCCUGCAGCUCUGGCAGGCCGAGUCCAGCCCCCGCCCGCUGCUCCUGGCCGGUUACGAGGAUGGCUCGCUGGCCCUGUGGGACGUCUCCAUGCGGAAGCUGUGCAGCCGCGCUGCCUGCCACUCGGAGCCCGUCAUGGGCCUGGCCUUGGACCCGCGGAGGGCCAGGGGCGUGUCGGGCUCCGCAGAGAAGGCGCUGGCCGUCUGGAGCCUGGAGGGACAGCAGGCACUGCAGGUGCGUGGGACCCACGAGCUCACCAACCCCGGCAUCGCCGACCUCAAGAUCCGGCCAGACAGCAAGAUCCUGGCCACUGCGGGCUGGGACCACCGUGUCCGUGUGUUCCAGUGGCGGACAAUGAGGCCGCUGGCCGUGCUGGCCUUCCACAGUGCCACCGUCCACUGCGUGGCCUUCGACGCCACGGGCCUGCUGGCCGCAGGCUCUGGGGACCAGCGCAUCAGCGUCUGGUCGCUGUACCCGCCCACGUGACUCAGCACGGAGGCUUGUGGGCAGAGGCGUGGGUCCUGGGCCCCCCGGGUCACUCAGGCCCCCUCCUGCCGAGGACCCAUUCCCCAUGACGCAGCGCAUGUGGGCCCUGGUGGCUGAUGUUUACGGUGUAACCAGGCUGGAUACGGGGCGCCUGACAUCUAGGCGAGAGGCCACCCCGCACGCCUGACAAUAAACUUGUUUGCAGGCCUGCA